UGCAAUUAAAUAUCUCUCCACUCCUUGCUAGGCCGUUUAUCCUCAUAGCUGAAGAUUAAAAUUGGCCCAUCGUGCCGUUAGAGAGGCACCACCAGGACUGUCUCACAGUCUUGUGGACAGGAGACAUGCCAGACACUCUUUUUAAAUCACUGUUAACAUUUACACACUAACCGACACCCAGCCUCUAUUCACGUCUCUUGUUUGCCACACAUGUUUACAUCUCAAAACCACAACACAAACAAAAACUGCAGCUCUCCUUAGACUUCAACUAGCAUGUGACUACCCCCGCUGUUUUCCGACAUGGUAUCUACCGAGAACAAGCAGUCACCUCCCCUCCCUAAGUCAGAUUUGUCACCACUCCAAGGAAAUGCACUGUACCUUCGAGUCGAGUAAAGAAACUGUAGUUACACUCUUCCGGCUGGACGCCCACAGAUAGAUUUAGAAAGAAAAAAAGCCCAGAGUGUCUUCACUGGAGGAGGCAGGCGUAGAAUUUUAGGCUGACAAGUCAUAACGAGAAUACUUCUGAAUCCCUGGGAGAUCCUUUGAAUCCUCCUCCCUCCUCCUUCCAAUGUUUCAGUGGUUGGGGCCAUGGCCUCUCAGUCAGGCAACAUGAACCGUGAGGACCGGAAUGUGCUCCGAAUGAAAGAAAGAGAAAGGAGAAAUCAAGAAAUCCAGCAGGGAGGAGGAGAGGCCUUUCCAGCAAAUUCACCUCUCUUCCCCGAACCCUACAAAGUGUCCAGCAAGGAAGAUAAACUGUCAAGCCGUAUUCAGAGCAUGCUGGGCAAUUACGACGAGAUGAAAGAGCCGAUUGGUGACACACUUCCUAAGCUUGGCGGUAAACCUUCUAACAGCUCGUCUUCCUCUGAGGAGAAAUCGGGCCCUCCUUUGUUUGGCGGGGACCAGCGCGGCGUCGGUAGCGGUGGCAGCAGCCAGAGCAGCAAGUGGACUCCUGUUGGCCCCGCAGCAGGUGGAUCUUCAUCCCAGUCCCAGAAACGCUCAGGACUUCAGGGCGGGCACAGUAGCCAGAGGGGCAGUGGUAGUAGCGGCAGCAGCAGCAGUAGCCAAAGACACGGAGGGGAGGUGCGGGAAAAGAAGUCAAGUAAACAUAGCGGAGGGUCAGAGCACUCAAAGUCACACACAUCAAGUCCGGCCAAGGGCUCUCUGAGUUCCUCCGGCAGCAACAGCCACUUGCGGAGCUCCUUGUCUGCCGAGCAGCAUCACAGCAAGGAGCGUUAUCGCUCCAAGUCCCCACGAGACAGAGAGGCCAACUGGGACUCUCCCUCACGGGUUCACACCUCUUUCCCCACAGGACAGCACUCGAGUCAGGCCUUUCCCCCGUCUCUCAUGUCCAAGCCCGGCUCCAUGCUGCAGAAGCCCACAGCGUAUGUGCGGCCUAUGGACGGCCAGGAAACGGCAGAACCCAAGAGCUCACAAGCAGAAAGCUACAGUGGACAGUCGCACAGCAGCACCAUGGGAGAGAUGAAGUCCAACAGCAAGGCCUCACUUUCCAAACUCAAGAUCCCCUCACAGCCUGUAGAGGGAUCCGGUGACGCCAACUGUGUCGAUGAGAUUCUGAAGGAAAUGACUCAGUCGUGGCCCCCUCCGCUGACAGCCAUCCACACCCCCUGCAAAACAGAGCCCUCCAAGUUUCCAUUCCCCACCAAGGAAUCUCACCCGUUUCCAAGUGGACACAAGCGAGGUAGUUCUUCCAAGAGCUCCAGCAGCCACCAGUCCAAAGCUUGCGAUGACCAACCCACUUUGCUGGAAGAUGACCUGAAGCUCAGCAGCAGUGAGGACAGUGAUGUAGAACAGGACUCCAAGAACGCCUUAAGGAACACAUCAGCAAGCAAUAACAGUGAAGGAGCGGAGCAAUCGAGGGAUGACUCGAGCAGCCAUAGCGGCUCAGAGAGCAGCUCGGGCUCCGACAGCGAGAGCGAAAGCAGCACGACAGACAGCGAAGCCAAUGAGCAACCGCGGCCUGCCUCUCCUGAGCCUGAACAACCCAUGGCCAACAAGUGGCAGCUGGACAACUGGUUCAAGAAGGCCAAGCAAUUUUCCCCAGCCUCUCCAGUGGACAAUAAUGUUCCAACCAAGUGCAAGAAAGAGGGCAGAGAUAAUGGCUCAGGACGCAGCUACAGUAGCCAGGGAGGGGGUUCAAAAGACUCUGCAGCACCCACCGCUAACAGGGCGGCGCAAAAGGGUGCGGAGGGUGGCCGUGGCCGGCAAAAAUCCCCCGCUCAGAGUGAGGGUGUCACAAAUCCACGAAGGAGUGUGGGUAAAAAACAGCCUAAGAAGUCUGAGAAGCUCCCAGUUGUGGAGGAACCCAAGGGGGGUCUAAGGGUGGAGAGUGAGCCGGCUCCAGAGAUCCCUUCUCAUCGGCCCAAAGCUCCUACUAAGGGUGUCCGCAAACCAAGCAUCAAAAAAGAACCGAAAUCCUCGCCGAGGCCCACCGCGGCUGCCGUCACCACCACUGCAGAUAAACGUAAAGCCAAGGCACCGACCAAGACUUCCCAGAAGUCUCGUGAGUUUGUCGAUACGGACUCUUCAUCGUCAGACUCUGAAGGGAAUGACAGCAUCCCGUCCUCGUCGCAGACGCCCAAGUACACGGAGAGUAUCAGGACGCCUGUGUGUGUGUUUUCUCCAAUGGAGGAAAAAGAGCUGUUGUCUCCACUCAGUGACCCUGAGGAGCGCUACCCAGCAAGGCAACCCCAGCAGCAGGUUUUACUUGUGAAGAUAGAUCUCAGCUUGCUGUCGAGGAUCCCAGGGCGGCCCUACAAGGAGCCUGUAGAGAUAAAAGUGGAGAGGGACGACUCUCUAGACCGGGACAGCAAAGACUUCAACAAACAGAGCUCUGAGAAGAUCUCUAGUAAAGCCAAGAGGAAACACAAGAACGAUGAAGAAGGCACCAAGCCAGAGAGCAAGCGAUGCAAGCAAGAGGAGAAGUCCCUGUCUCAUCAUAAAAACAGCAGUAAAGAGUCUAAAAGGUCUUUGGAGAAGAAAGAGGAGCCAGUCCCCUCUCCUUCCAUGUCGGGUCUUCAGCGGACGCCCAAGGCAGAGCAUCCGAGUCGAAAGAGGACAGUCAGCCAGUCCUCCACCUCUUUGUCCAGCGGGACAGGAAGUGGAAAAGAGGGAAGCCACAGCACCAAGGGCAACUCCACCUCCAAGCACAGAAAAGGAGAGGACAAGGGACGCAGCACACGCGACGGCAAGGAGAAAUCCUCAAAGGGCUGCGAUAACCAGCUGGCUGUGCCUCCGCUCUCCACGGACGGCUCCAAGUCUCAGAGAUCCAAGCUAGUGUUUGAGGACAGGGUCCAUUCGGCAGAUCACUACUUACAAGAGGCCAAGAAACUUAAACACAAUGCAGAUGCACUGUUGGACCGCUUUGAGAAGGCAGUCUACUACCUGGAUGCUGUGGUUUCUUUCGUUGAAUGUGGUAAUGCUCUGGAGAAGAGCGCCCAAGAGGCAAAGUCUCCCUUCCCCAUGUAUGCUGAAACCGUGGAGCUUAUCAAAUACACUAUGAAGUUAAAAAGCUACCUGGCCCCAGAUGCUACUUCAGCUGACAAGAGGCUAGCUGUGCUUUGCCUACGAUUCCAGUCUCUACUCUACCUGCGGUUAUUCAAGCUGAGGAAAGACAGCGCUCUAAAAUACUCCAAAACACUCACAGAACAUUUAAAGAAUUCUCUGAGUAACACCCAGGCUCCCUCUCCUGGAAUGGGAAACAAGGCAGCAGGUAUGCCCUCUCCAGUGUCUCCCAAACUGUCGCCAGGCACGGCCGGUGGUUACUCGUCAGUCACCAGCAGCAGCAGCGCCAGCUCGUCAGUGACCAUACCUCAGCGUAUCCACCAGAUGGCUGCCAGCUACGUCCAGGUCACCUCUAACUUCUUGUACGCCACUGAGGUCUGGGACCAGGCGGAGCAACUAUCCAAGGAGCAGAAAGACUUCUUCUUGGAGUUGGACAAGGUGAUGGGUCCUCUGAUCUUCAACACCAGCAGCAUGACAGAACUGGUGCGUUACACACGUCAGGGCCUCCACUGGCUGCGUCUGGACGCAAAGCUUAUUCCUUAGCGGGGACUCUUUCCCUGCACGCUGCUUCCACACACACCUCGGCAACACAUGCUCAAAGACUCUCACGCAUGCCCUCACAGACAGACACGCAUACAAUUACUGUACACACACACACACACGUGAUGAACUUCUCAGACAUAUCUCCAACACUGUGUCCAUUUUCUACACCAGCUUGCCAAAAACACUGAGCAAUCUAGAGCAUCUCACACCGUCGACGGCACCACACAGGGAGAAGCAUCGAAACCGCAGCACAGGAACAAAAAAAGCUUAUCGCCAUGCUUCAUAUACCGGCAUUCUUACAAUCUUUGAAGGCCAUGUUUUUAUCUAUUUGGCAUGGAAGCGCUGGGUGAAUUAUUUGUUAUGAAAUCGCUUAAAAAUGGGGUUUGCUUUUUAGGCUACUUUGGCUUUUAACUUUUUAUUUUACUUUGUUUCACCAAAGUACCUCCCAUAAACACCAAAGGUGCUUUAAAAUGAAGGUUUCUCUUUAUCAUUUUUGUGCCUUGUAUGUGAGAGACAGGAAAACAAAACAGCCACCCGUCAUAUCUGAAUAAAUUGUUUGUGUCCCGCCCCCCCCCC